CUCCUCCUGCUGCCACCCUCUUCGCUAGUCUACUUUCCCUUCCCAUCCUCUCUCUCCCACUAUAUCGCGAGAGAUAGGGAGCACAGAAAUAUUCAUGUUAGCAUCAACUAUUAUAAAAUUAUAUUUAUAUCGCGGAUAUAUGAACGAAUUGUAUAAAACGCUGGAGCGUAUCAAUUACAAUUCUAAUGUUAUUUUAGCCAUCAAGCACUGGCCUCGAGUAUCUGACUAGGCCGACAAUGGCUGCAGUUGUGUUCUUGUGGAUGUGUGGUGGACCGUAAGCAGGGCGGCCACUUGUGAACCUCACCUAUUUACCUCGCCUCUUUGUCUUAUACCUCCUCCCUGACACCGAUUUUACCCUGUCUUUUAUCAUAAAUAUUUUUAAAUGUGUGAAAGCAUGUUGCACAGAGACAGACCCCCUAUAUUUCUACCUCUUCUCAGUCUGUGCUCAUCAGUGUGUUACAGUAGUCUUUUAGCUGAAGGUUUUAAAUGGGGGUGAAUCUACUCUAUGCCUGGCAUAGUACGGUACUUGAAUUCCCACCCGUUUGUAAAUUAGCCCUGAUGAGCUGUGCAGGUUUCAUUAAUUAACCUUAAGUGAUAAACCAAAUAGCAGCCAGCUAGUUGGCCAAUCAGCCCCCCACCCCACGCCCUCCUGGUAGAAUGAACGGCUCUCUUUUAACCCCACCUAGCCCGCGGGCAGCCAACUCCUCCCCGCUGCCCCUUCCACCCUCCCCUUCUCCGUCCCCUCCAUCCCCCUCCCUGUUGCCACUGUUCCCUCGGCCACCUCCCUUGGCCCAGCCUCACCCCUCCUCGCUGUCGGACACCCCCACACCCUCCCCCUGCCUGAGCUGGACGGAGUUCUGUGAGCUGCAUGCCCGCAUGGCGGCCGGGGACUUUGCCCGCCACUUCCGGGCGUUCCUCCUGGAGAACCCUCACUACUCCCCCGACUCUGCUGCUGCCUUCUGUCGCCGCUUCACUGACCGCUUUGUCCGACAUUUCCAGAGCGAACUGGAGGGAGUGGCAGGGGCGCCGGGUACAGCKCCRGGGAUGGAGGCGGGGAGCUGGGCRCCCCAAUCAGACYCCACCUCCCUGGAAGAGGAGGCGGUCUCUCRCCCUCCCGUCACCGAGGGAGCCUSCUACCACMCCUGUGCCCCAGCCAACCCGGUGKGAGCCCUGCCCAAGCCUGCCUCCACACGYCUGGUGUUGGAAACCKGAAGUGGGGACCAAUUUCAAGARUCCUAUGCUGUCACAACYGUCCUCCCCCCAUCCUCCUCCUCCUCCUGCUCCUCCUCYGUGGGAGGAGGAAACAACGGCYGGCGGGAAGAMAGGGGUGCCCCAGUUACUGUUAAACACUUUACUGGCGUCGGCCCAGGCAACGGAGAAACGACAGCCGAGGAAGAGGAGGACAGCUGGGCGGGCGUAACGGUCAUGGAGGAGGAGGUGGAGCCAGAUGAGGGGGAGGCGGAGCUGGAAGUUUGCUUGGACAAUGAAGACCCCUCCCAUAUGCCCCAAACGCCUGCCUCCCCUUGCUCCGACACAACUCCUCCCCGCUCCAAGGGUAAUGGCACCCCGGCCUCGGCAGGAAGCCAGUCCAAAACCAAACUGAAGAAGCGCUUCUCUCUGCGGAGUGUUGGGCGCAGCGUGCGGGGUAGUGUCCGGGGCAUCCUGCACUGGCGCAGCUCGUCCAGCGACUCCCCCCAGAGCUCCUCCCAGCUGCCCUCCAGCUACAGCUACACAAUGGGGGUCCAGGACGCUGCCACCGGCUCUUCCUCCAAGAGGAACUCUGGCACUCAGCCCCCUACACCCACCUCCUCCAUGCCWGURUCCCUCUCCCUGCCCCUCUCCCURCCCCACUCCUCCUCCUCCRRSCRSCCSRCMUCUUCCWSCAAUGAGUUUGCCGGGAGCCACGGUGGUUUCCCUGGCUUUUCUUUCGGCCUGCUGCACCACGGCACACAAGAACACAACAACGCUGGUACUGGCUUAAACAACACCUCGUCCACCGCUAACGCCGCUCAGACAGCCGCAGUGCAGCCUCUCGUCCCRGGGGGCACUGUGGGCUGGAGGGGUGGUCGGUGGCACAAGUGCCGACUGGUCCUGAGGGAGAGGGACAAGGAGGGCGAGCGGGGCGAGGAGUACUAUCUGGAGUUCUUCAUCCCGCCUAAAUCGCUCCAAGCCCAGGCUGACUAUCCCAUGCUGUUCUAUUGUGGAUGUGAGGGCACCACAGCCCUGGAGUUGGAGGGACAGGUGCAGUAUGUGAUCGAGACGCGAGACGCUGUGCAGAUGAGAGCCUGGUUGAGUGAACCCCAAAAAAAAAUUCCCCCCCCAAAAGGAAAACCGGGUAUAUGUAUCAGUGAACAGGAGGACAUAGAAGCUGUGUGUGGGGGACCCAUGGACAUCAGUGGAAUGCCAGAAUUCAGUGACCGCCUCUCUCAAGUGUGUUAUGGAGGUGUGGGCGGCUCCUCCCCGCUGAUGGACCCUCUCCCCCCAGAGUUACCGCCCCGCGCCCCUCUGGACGAAUCAGACGGACGCGUGGGCGGAGCCGGCCUGGGCACACCAUUUGCGGAGACGCCAGAUGCCACAGGUUCCUUCCUGUUCUCAGACGUGGCGGAGGCGGUGGAGCACCCUCUGAGCGAGUGCCAGUGGUUCCACGGGACGUUGUCGCGCCUGAAGGCGGCCCAGCUGGUGCUGGCAGGGGGUACGGCCAGCCACGGCGUCUUCCUUGUGCGCCAGAGCGAGACACGCCGCGGGGAGUACGUCCUCACUUUCAACUUCCAGGGCAAGGCCAAGCAUCUGCGUCUGUCUCUGAACGAGGACGGCCAGUGCCGGGUGCAGCACCUGUGGUUCCAGUCCAUAUUCGACAUGCUGGAGCACUUCCGCGUGCACCCAAUCCCCCUGGAGUCUGGGGGUGCCUCGGACGUCACUCUCAUCAGCUUGUGGGCGCCACCGCCGUCCGGCAGCCAGGUAACAGGUCAGGGGUGAAAUAUUCCACUAGGAUAUUCCGGAUAUUCCACUAGGAUGAAACUACACUGGUUUUACAACUGGCCUCUAAAGGCAAUUCUUGGGUGUUGUAUGUACGUUUAGUGUCUGGUGUAUGUGUUUUAUGCAUUAUGAUUGGGUUACACUAUGCUAUUACAUCAGUGAAUUCAUAUAGUGUGCGUGUGUAUCAUCCCAUUGAAAAGAUGUGUAGCAGG